GAACUAUAAAAGAUCCGUCCACACGUAAAAAAUGGAGGACCGAGGAGUAAUAAUUAGCUGAUUCUUCAUCGCCUUUUCACUGCUGCGAUACGUGUAUUGGGCUCAACUCAAGUCUCUUUCGCUCGUCACAGCUCUCUCACUAAGACAUAAUGGCAUUGAGAAUGGUUGCAAGGAAAAUGAGAAGUAAGCUUUUGCCAAGUCUCACCCCGGCAUAUAUGUUGCACUCUCAUGCUACAAGUUUUGGAUUUCAAGAAGUGCCGGAAGAAGAAAAGAGCAAAAUGGUAGGCAAUGUAUUUACUAGUGUUGCUUCAAAUUAUGAUGUUAUGAAUGACCUGAUGAGUGCUGGCUUACAUAGAUUAUGGAAGGAAAGAUUGGUCUCUAAAUUAAAUCCAUUUCCUGGAAUGAAGCACCUUGAUGUGGCUGGCGGGACAGGGGAUGUUGCAUUUAGAAUUCUAGAAAGUAUAAACAGUGUUAGGCGUAGGGCGCUGCAAGAUAUGUCUGAAGAUAAUCUUCAAGAAGAAACUCAGAUAUAUGUAUGUGAUAUCAAUCCAAAUAUGUUGAAUGUGGGCAAAAUGCGUGCCCAAGAGAGAGGUCUAGGGGAAGAUGGAUCUCUUGUAUGGGUUGGAGGAGAUGCAGAAGCACUGAAUUUUGAGGAUGACUCUGUGGAUGGUUAUACUAUUGCCUUCGGUAUCAGAAAUGUGACACAUAUAGAAAAGGUUCUUUCUGAAGCUCACAGGGUGCUUAAAAAGGGGGGAAGGUUUCUUUGCCUUGAAUUGAGCCAUGUGGAAAAUCCAGCUUUGAAGCAGUUAUAUGAUUAUUACUCGUUCUCCGUCAUUCCAGCCAUAGGGGAGCUAGUUGCAGGAGAUCGGAAUUCUUACCAGUACUUGGUUGAAAGUAUUCGUAAAUUUCCCUCACAGGAGAACUUUGCUUCAAUGAUCGCAGAAGCUGGAUUUCAGAAAGUCGAAUAUGAAAAUCUUGUUGGUGGAGUAGUUGCAAUUCAUUCUGGAUUAAAGUUUUAGAGGAGAAAUUACAAAGUCUGUAUGCAAAUUUGUAAUUGUGGGGAACUUCUUAAAGAUCCCAUGUCUUCACAUUUGCCAAUUGUCAUGUUGAUUGUUUGAAGCCCUAGUUUCUGAAGUGUUCAUUCGUUUCAAUUUAUUACA